GUGCGCCGCAGACGACGGGCGAUCAGCUGACUGCAGCGGACCGACAUCGUUUAGGGCUCUGCUGUCAUUCGAUUAAAUCCCGGUGGUAGUGAUUGGAUUUAAAACUUCUGCAGGAUAUGUUUCAAUAGGCAACAAGUCUGAGAGGUCAUCAUUAUGUCGGGGAACAACCUAGUUUUACCCAUAGUGCUAUGGGGCCGCACAGCUCCAACUCACUGCAUCAGCAGUCUGCUGGUGAUGGAUGACUUCAGUACCAUCGUCACUGGCUGCCAUGACGGACAGAUCUGUUUCUGGGACAUGACACCUGAGCUACAGAUCUGCCCAAGGGCAAUGCUGUUUGGUCACACGGCCGCAAUCACCUGUUUGGCAAAGGCAAGCGCCUGCACUGACAAACAGUACAUCGUCAGCGCUUCAGAGAGUGGGGAGAUGUGUUUAUGGGAUGUGAAUGAUGGUCGCUGUAUUGAGUUCACUAAACUGGCUUGCGCACACACUGGCAUACAGUUCUACCAGUUCUCGUUCGGCGCGGAGAGGGAGGGACGUCUGUUGUGUCACGGCCAUUACCCAGAGAUCCUGGUGGUGGACGGCACCAGCCUGGAGGUCCUUUACUCCCUGGUGUCCAAGAUCUCUCCAGACUGGAUCAGCUCCAUGAGCAUCAUCCGGUCCCACCGCACCCAGGAGGACACGGUGGUGGCGGUUUCAGUGACGGGCAUACUGAAGGUCUGGAUCAUCACUGCUGAGGUCAGCAGAAUGCAGGACCUGGACCCAGUGUUUGAGGAGGAGUCCAAGCCCAUCUACUGCCAGGGCUGCCAUAGCAUCUCCUUCUGCUCCUUCACCCAGAGCAGCCUGCUGCUGGUCUGCUCCAAGUACUGGAGGGUGUUUGAUGCGGGGGACUACUCCCUGCUCUGCUCGGUGCCCAGCGAGGCGGACCAGGCCUGGACCGGGGGGGAGUUCAUCGCCGCUGAUAAGGUCAUCAUCUGGACCGAGGACGGCUGCAGCUGCAUUUAUACUCUGCCUGCUAGCUGCCUUCCUGCUAGUGAACAUUUCCGCAGCGAUGUUGGGAAAACCAAGGAGGCGUCCAUCCCUCCCCUUAUCUACAGCAUCACAGAGCGCACCGACAAACAGAGAGAGGAGGGAGGAGGCGAGGAGGAAGAGGUGGUUGAGGAGGUGAUGUGUCACCCUGCCCAUGGGUGCAACAUGGAGCUCUACACCCCAGAGCAGCUAUUCUACCACCGGCCUCUAGAGGCGCCACUCCUCAUCUGCCCCCCGGUCACCCGCUUCUUCUACGGGAGGAGGGAGCCCUUCCACAAGCUGCUGGUCCAGGGAGACUCUGCUGGACGCCUGUCCCUGUGGAGCGUCCCUGAUACCUGCCCCCCAGGGUCCCCUGCUACAGAGCUGCAGGUGUCGUCCACUGUCAGCCUGCAGGAGGCCUUUGAUAAGCUGACUCCUCUGUCUGCCGGCAUCAUCGACCAGCUCAGCGUCCCGCCGGGGGGAGAGGAACCCAUCAAGGUGACGGCCAGCGUGUACAUCCCGUCCCAGGGCCGUCUGGUCUGCGGGCGGGAGGACGGCUCCAUCAUCCUGGUCCCCGCCACGCAGACGGCCAUCGUGCAGCUGCUGCAGGGGGAACACAUGCUCAGGAGGGGCUGGCCGCCCCACCGCACCCUGCGUGGCCAUGGCAACAAGGUGACGUGCGUGCUGUACCCCCACCAGGUGUCCCCCCGCUACGACCAGCGCGCCCUGGUCUCGGGCGGCGUGGACUUCUCCGUCAUCGUGUGGGACAUCUUCACCGGCGAGAUGAAGCACAUCUUCUGUGUCCACGGCGGCGAGAUCAGCCAGCUCAUCGUUCCCCCGGAGAACUGCAGCACGCGGGUGCAGCACUGCGUGUGUUCGGUGGCCAGCGACCACUCGGUGGGGCUGCUCAGUCUGAGGGAGAGGAAGUGCAUCAUGCUGGCGUCCAGACACCUCUUCCCCAUCCAGGUCAUCAAGUGGCGGCCCGCCGACGACUACCUGGUGGUGGGCUGCUCCGACGGCUCCGUCUACGUCUGGCAGAUGGACACGGGGGCUCUGGACCGCUGUGUGAUGGGCAUCACGGCGGUGGAGAUCCUGAACGCAUGUGACGAGCUGGCCCCAGCCACGGUGGACGCCCUCAGCCACCCGGCCGUCAACCUGAAGCAGGCCAUGAGCCGCCGCAGCCUGGCCGCGCUCAAGAACAUGGCCACGCACAAGCUGCACACGCUGGCCUCCAACCUGCUGGCUGCCGACAGCCAGGACAAGGGCAACCUACCAAAGUACUCCCACAACUCCCUGGUGGUGCAGUCCAUGAAGACCAACGUGACGGAUCCCGACAUGCACGUGCUGUUCUUCGACGUGGAGGCGGUGAUCAUCCAGCUGCUGACGGAGGAGGCGCAGCGGCCCAGCCCCACCAUGGUGUCCCCCGAGAGCCUGCAGAAGAGCCAGGCCGGCCCCGACAAGGGAGGCUCCUUCCUGGCCAACAAGAUCUUCAAACAGGUCAAAGAGACCAUGAAGGAGACCAUCAAGGAGCACCUGAUGGAUGAAGACGAGGAGGAGGAGGAGGAGAUGAGGAGGCGCGAGGAGAAGUCCAAGUCCCUUAGCCUGCUGGAGUACAACCUGACCAUGGACACGGCCAAGCUGUUCAUGUCCUGCCUCCACGCCUGGGGCCUGGACUGCGGCCUGGACGCCGUCUGCCUGGAGCGCCUGGGCAUGCUGAAGCCCCACUGCCCCAUCUCCUUCGGCCUCAUCUCCCGCGGAGGGCACAUGUCCCUCAUGCUGCCCACCUUCAAGGAGGCCUUGCUCCGUCAGCUGUCCCAGGCCGCCGGCCGGACUCUGGCCCCGGCGGACAUCGUGGGUAACGGGACGUACGGGGUGUCCCGGGCCGUCAGCACCCAGCACCUGCUGUCGGUCAUCUCCCUGGCCAACACCCUGAUGGGCAUGACCCACGCCUCCUUCAUCGGGGAGCACAUGAAGAAGGCUCCCGUCAGACCUCCCAGACCCGGGACCCCUGAGAGCCCCCGCAGGACCGCCUCCAGCGGCCCCCCGCCCUCCAGCCCCGCCAUGCAGGCCCAGAUCAAACAAGGGUGGAGCCAGCUGGCUGCGAUGCACUGUGUGAUGCUCCCUGACCUGUUAGGGAAGUUCAGACCUCCUCUCCUGGAGAUGUUGGCUCGGCGGUGGCAGGACCGCUGUCUGGAGGUACGAGAAGCAGCCCAAGCACUGCUAUUGGCUGAGCUCAGGAGGAUCGGUCAAUCAGGACGCAAGGAUACCAUUGACCUGUGGGCCCCCUACCUGCCUCAGUAUGUGGACAGCGUCAGCUCCCCUGGAACAACCACAGAGCCCCCCCCGCCGGCCCCGCCCCCAGUCGACUCUCAGCCAAUCGAAACCAAGGCUUCCGAGGAGGAGCUGGAUGUGACUGACGAUGACAUCACAGCAGGCUGUCUGUCCAACCUGCCACCCAACGCCAAGAAGAUCUCCAACUCCUACGAGGAGCGGCGGAAGCAGGCCACCGCCAUCGUGUUGCUAGGGGUGAUAGGGGCAGAGUUUGGCGCAGAGAUUGAGCCACCGAAGGGCGCUGGUAGGGCGAGGAUGGGAGGACAAGCACCCGAGGGCUUUGGACCGGCCAGCGGAGGCUCCUCCAACUACUCUCUGGCCAGACACACCUGUAAGGCGCUGACCUUCCUGCUGCUCCAGCCCCCCAGCCCCAAGCUGCCUCCCCACAGCACCAUCCGCCGCACAGCCAUCGAUCUGAUUGGCCGUGGCUUCACCGUGUGGGAGCCAUAUAUGGACGUGUCGGCGGUGCUCAUGGGCCUGCUGGAGCUCUGCGCCGAUGCUGAGAAACAACUGGCCAACGUCACCAUGGGUCUCCCUCUCAACCCUCCGGCGGACUCUGCUCGCUCGUCCCGCCACGCUCUCUCUCUCAUCGCUACGGCUCGGCCACCUGCCUUCAUCACCACCAUCGCUAGAGAGGUCCACAGGUUCAAUGCUGCCCAGGCCAACUCCCAGUCCCAGCAGAACGUCCACACCAGCACCCUGGCCCGGGCCAAGACCGAGAUCCUCAGGGUGAUCGACAUACUCAUAGAGAAGAUGCCUGGAGACGUAGUGGAUCUACUGGUGGAGGUGAUGGACAUCAUCAUGUAUUGCAUUGAGGGUUCACUGGUCAAGAAGAAAGGACUGCAGGAAUGCUUCCCUGCUAUCUGCAAGUUCUACAUGGUGGGCUACUGUGACCGAAGCCACCGCAUCGCAGUGGGGGCACGCCAGGGCUCCGUGGCGCUGUACGACGUCAGGACCGGGAAGUGCCAGAACAUCCAUGCUCAUAAGGGUCCAAUCACUGCGGUGUCAUUCGCUCCUGAUGGCCGUUACCUAGCAACCUACUCCAACCUAGAAAGCCAUAUCUCCUUCUGGCAGAUGAACACCAGUCUGCUGGGCAGCAUCGGCAUGCUGAACUCGGCCCCCCAGCUGCGCUGCAUCAAGACCUACCAGGUGCCCCCCGUGCAGCCCGCCUCGCCCGGCUCCCAGAACCACCUCAAGCUGGCCCGCCUCAUCUGGACCUCCAACCGCAACGUCAUCCUCAUGGCCCACGACGGCAAGGAGCACCGCUUCAUGGUCUGACCACUUCCUGCCCGCGCCACUUCCUGCCCGCGCAACUUCCUGCCCUCCACACUUCCUGCUCGGGCCGCUCCCCGUCUGGCCCCGAGCUGGGGGGGUUUCUGGGAGGUCUAUUGAGGGUCUAACGUACUGGGGGGCCGUGAAGGCUCUUUGGUCUGAAGCGUUUAGUGUUAAGUGAAUCUGAAGAUAUAAUGUCUGUACAUACUAGAAUACUACGCUUUAGUGGUAAGAUAAAGAUUAAGAUAAAAUGUACGUAUUAUUUAGUAGGAACACCAGAUAGUUGUGAACUAUACAAACCUUUCAACUCUCAAAGCGUUUAGUCAGAAAAUGUAAACCUUUGAAGGGGGAUGUUUGGCGAUUCAACAUUUUGUUUACUUUAUUAUCACCAAUAUUAGAUCAUUUUGGAAAAUAUUUGCUCCAAGGCCGUCUGGAUUUGAACCACCCCCCGCUACACUGAGUUGGUUAGGUCCGUGACCGCUGGCCAAUGAAGGGUUCUCUCACUGUUUGAAUCUGAUAGUUUGUUCUUCGUGCUUCUGGAUUGGCUGUAGAUAAUGUUUUUUGUUGCUCGGUUACCGUGGCGGUGGACCCAAACACACCUGUUUACAUUGUUGUUGUUGUUGUUGUUGUUGUUGUGUUUGUUUCAUGCAUUCCUAUUUAAGGGUGGUUGGUUUCACCGCCCUGGCCUCAGCCCCCGGAGGUGGAGCCAGGAGGUCAUGUGAUCCGAACCCACCAAAAGGGCGCGGCCCCACUGGGGCUCAGCCCUUGUGGGGCGCUGUGUGAUGUGUGUUGUCGUUGUGUAUUGCUGUUGUGGUUGAUGGUUUCAACGUUCCCCUUUCCAGGGUUCCCCCAGCGUUUGUGCAACAGUGUGUGUGCGUGUGAGUUUUCAAAUCCCAAAGGUAAUGCGCCCUAUUCCCAAGUCUCUAGUAUAUUACACAUUUCCCUCACAUAAAACGUAUAAUCAGAUGUACGUGUCUGCGUGUGUGUGUGUGUGUGUGUUUGUAUAUACACACACAGAAUGGUAGGCUCGCGUGUGGUGUAAUCAUCACCACAUCGUGUGAUGCCUUGACGGUAGAUUCAGGUGCUGGUCCGUCGCUAUGGGAACCAGGCGGGGUACAUACCUUAGCCUGCUAAUGAAGAUGGCUAUCAAUCGGCCUCCUCUUCUAUUCUCUUCACUCUUUUCUCUUUCUGACCUUCAGUUCUCCUCCUGCCUCUUGUCCUUCGCUGCCUGCCUGCUCUCAUCUCUCCUGCUCCUCCUCCCAAAUCCCUCCUCUGUCUUCUCCUCACUCUCUCUAUCUCCUCCCCUAUGUCUCCUCCUUCCUGUCUCCUCCAUCCUGUCUCCUCUCCUCUGAGCCACUCACACGCUACACACCUAUAAACUGAAGCGUGUCGAAGCUUUUCACACCUCCAUUUUAUUUACCAGGUUGUCAGCUGGGAUUUAGAAUUGUGCAGACACACACACAGACACACGCGCACACACACACACACACACACACACACACACACACACACACACACACACACACACAAACCGGUCUGAAUGGAUGAGAGUGGAGAUCAUAACAUCUUGUUUACCUUCUCAACUAAAGAGAGGGAGGUGAAAGGAGCAGAGAUUGGGCAUACAGACAGACAGGAAGAUGUGUGUGUGCUUAUGUGUUUAUCCACAGAAUGAUUUGUUGCAUGUAAAUAUGACCCUGUGACCAAAAAAGAUAUAUACUUUAAAGAAUAUAUAGAACUAUACUAUAUACAUCAUGUGCUGUGAUUAAUUCUCUUGUGUUGAAACUUGUUGACUGUCAAUAAAGAUAUGU